UCCAGAGCCCCCAUAUGCAUCUGCAAUUAGAAGGAAGCCCUGAAAAGAUAUGCCUCCCGUCGCCCUUUUCCCCCCUCAUACACGGUGUCUACGAAGUAUGUCUGAGUUUUCUGGGUUUUCUGAGUGACAUUAUUACCGUCCAAGGCCGUCUGGCUGGUGCGUGUGACGGGCAAAAUGCCUCAUGGCAGCUGGAGGGAGACGAAGCGAGACAUGCUGCAGGCAUAUGUGGUGAUCACAGAUGCUUUUUGCUGCAGUGCAGUACGGAGUAGCUCUGAUCUCUCCGGGAUGGGGUCGGGGAAACAUCGUGAGAUUUCCUGGCGUGGAGUCGUUGAAGUGCUGCAGCUGCCCCUCUUCCAACUCGUGCCACAGAAACGGCGUUGGUGGAUUUAUACUACACCGGUCGGUGUACGACUGCUAGCCCUGAUACCUCCACAUUCCUAUACGUGGGGCAUGUUUCUUUCUUCUGGGCCUUCUGCUUGAAGCCCUGGUUUUGUUGACCCCAUUUAUUUGGCUCCACCGGCAUCGUGAAGAUGAGAUGGCUCGCAUGGCCAGCUGUGAUGCUCAACAUCUCAUAGGGACGCAUGGGGAGAAAGUGGAAAUAGUGGGGAUUAUGACGAGGUGGGGGUUUGACUGGGCAGACCAGCAGUAUCAGCUCCUGCCUGCAGUCCAGCACAUCCAAUUCUUGACGACCAGCCCCAACAGCACAAUCCAUUCUUUCAUCUCUCCCAAACCCUCUACAAAAUCAUCAUCGCACCCGAAACGUCGAGAGUAGUGUCGUGCUACCAUCUUUGCUUGCCUCCAUCCCAACAAUUGAGAAGCGACUAACGUUCCCCUCCAAGACCCCGCUAUUACCCGUCUACUCGAGUGCCAAAAAAAAAGGAACCUGAACCUGAACCUGAACCUGCAUCUGCAGCUUUCCCCGACCAUCUACGCCCUCUGCUGCCACCAUUCGUCGGCCAACAGCAUUCCUUCAUAUACUCACAUCACCACUGUCUUGUCAGUCAUUCCUUCUUCACCUUUGGUCCCUCACUUUGCCUGCCUCGUCUGCUGGUAGCGCCAAUCAUUACCCCGCGUUUGAGGCAACACAAGAAAACAUUGCAACACCACUGCCAAUUGAAUUUUCCCUGGCUGACCUGAAGAACAAAUAGAAGGCCGUAAUUCACCAUGGCACAGAUCCCCUUCCGUCAGAACUUCCGAAAGCCCUCGCGGCAAGCGAGCAUGGAGUAAGAAUCCUUCAUAACCAUCCGCUCCUCACACAGCAGCUCUUUUCUGACAUACUCCAAGUCCACACAACGAUCUCAAUCCGCACAUGGACCAUUAUAUCGGAAUCGACGUGGGAACGGGAAGUGCCCGUGCUUGUAUCAUUGAUGCCUCUGGAGACAUUAAGGCCUGUAGGUACACCCGAAAGCCACCGGACACUAAGCGGCACGCUCCCAAGCUCCCAAGCUACCCCACCUUGCCCUAUUUCCAAGUCACACAAGUUAACACAAAAUAGUGGCUACCGAGAACAUUGGGCUGUGGCAACCAGAGACGGGAUAUUAUGAGCAAUCUACUACUGACAUUUGGAGAUGCAUCUGUACCUGUGUGCAAAGAGCUUUGAGCCAACACAACAUCGACCCAACAACUGUUAGAGGUAUUGGUUUUGAUGCCACUUGCUCUCUCGCCGUAUUUGCCCAUGACACAGACGAGCCUAUGCCAGUCACCAGUCCAAACUUUACAAACGAUGGAAAUGAUCGCAAUGUCAUUUUAUGGCUUGACCAUAGACCGAUUGAGGAGACGGAGAAGAUCAAUGCUACUGGGCACAACCUUCUUCGUUAUGUUGGCGGUAAGAUGAGCAUUGAGAUGGAGAUUCCAAAGGUUCUUUGGUUGAAGAACAAUAUGCCAUCAGAGAUGUUUGAUCGAUGCAAGUUCUAUGAUUUGGCCGAUGCAUUGACCCACUUGGCCACUGGCAACGAGACCAGAAGUUUCUGCAGUACGGUCUGCAAACAGGGUUUCGUGCCAGUCGGUGUAGAUGGAAGCGUUAAGGGAUGGCAGGAAGACUUCUACGAGACAAUUGGUCUGGGAGACCUUACCAAAGAUAACUUCAUCAGAAUGGGUGGAGUUGACGGGGUGGUGAGCUUUCCUGGCCUCAUAAAAAACCGACGCUAAUAAUUCUAGAACGGCAAAUACUUGAGCGCAGGUGAACUUGUCGGCACACUCAGCGAAAAGGCUGGGAGCCAACUUGGUCUGCCUGCUGGUAUUGCGGUUGGAAGUGGUGUCAUAGACGCAUAUGCUGGUUGGGUUGGAACGGUAGGUGCAAAAGUCCAUCUUGGCGGUGGACAAUUGGACAGCCAUGUGCCAAAAAACGACGUUUCUCAAGCAUUCAGCCGGUUGGCUGCGGUUGCUGGAACAUCGACUUGCCAUCUUGCCAUGUCCAAGGAGCCUGUCUUCGUUGAUGGUGUUUGGGGACCAUACAGAGACGUUCUUUUACCCGGUUUCUGGAUGGCUGAGGGUGGUCAAUCAGCGACCGGAGAAUUAUUGAAACAUGUUUUGGAGACCCACCCUGCAUAUAACGAGACAAUGUCAAUGGCCGAGUCAUUUAACACCAGUAUCUAUGACUACCUCAACUCUCAUCUCGAGGAGUUGAUGGAGAAGACUCAAGCGCCUACUGUCUCUUACCUUGGACGUCACUUCUUCUUUUACGGUGAUCUGUGGGGUAACCGAUCCCCAAUCGCCGAUUCUAGCAUGACAGGUUCAGUCAUCGGUCUUAGUAGUGAUCGUAGCAUGGACGGUCUUGCCAUCUACUACUAUGCCACCAUGGAAUUUAUCGCCAUGCAAACCAGACAAAUCAUCGAGACCAUGAACGAAUCUGGUCAUACCAUUACCAGUAUCUUCAUGUCUGGUUCUCAAUGUCAGAACAAGAUUCUCAUGGAGCUGAUGGCCACGACAUGCAGCAUGCCAGUUUUGAUUCCAAGAUACGUACAUGCCGCGGUUGUCCACGGAGCCGCCAUGUUAGGAGCCAAAGCCGCAAGUGCCGAUAAGGAAGGCAAGACCGAGGAUUUGUGGAGUAUCAUGGAUCGUAUGAGUAAACCUGGUAAGGUUACCAGACCUGGAAAGAACGAACAGGAGCGCAAGCUUCUUGAUAUCAAGUACAAGGUUUUCUUGGAGCAGUGUAAGACUCAGCAAGUGUAUAGAUCAAAGGUUGAUGAGGCUAUUGAGGGAUGGGUUAACUAAAAGACUAGUCGACCACAAAGUUUAUUGGUACUCAGUUGUAUUCAACUGUCUUUUGAGAGCUGCCACUGUAAAAUUUCGAUAGAGUGAAC